GUUAUCAAGCGCAACAUGGCUGCUGAGUUGCCCUUCUUGGCUAUUGAACAAAUUCUGGUAGCUAUGGUUAAUCAAGCGGGUGCCGAUCGCCAGGCCUGUCAUGAACGCCUUCGAGAGCAUAGUCAGGCAGCUGGAUGUAUGGUUAAACUCAAUGGCCUCGAUAAUGACCUCAUUAAGCGCAUUAAGGCCGAUUCCUAUUUUGCGCCGAUCCACGGCCAGCUGGAUCGCUUCCUUGACCCUGAAAACUUUAUCGGUCGUGCAUCAGACCAGGUGGAAUUCGAUUGA